AUGAGAGGAGGCAUCGUUGGGGCGGCGGCGCUGCUGCUCCUGGGCUGCUCCGCCUACCAGCCUGGCGCGCCGCACGGGCCGCCGCUCCGCCAUCAGCGCAGCCGGGCAUCGACGCUGUGCGCUGAUGGCAGCGCACCGGGGACAGACGGCGGCGAGGGGGCCGCGCCGAAAGACUCGGCUGCAGCAGAGGAGGAUUCGCUUGCUCGCGAUCUUGCGGAAGAGAUUGGCACGCGGGAGUUCACCUCCGAGCUCUACGCGCACCUGCAGCGGCGACCUGACUACGAAACUUCUGAGCUGUACAAAGCUCUGCGGAACCGGAUCGACGUCGUCGACCCAAUCUACUCCAACCUGGAGGAGGCAAAGGGGCGCGAGGCGGCGGUGCCAACGCCCGGGCAGACCCCAGGCGAGAUCAUCGACCUGGUCACGGCUCCGAUGCUGCUCGGGUACUUUCAAGACUCAAAGUACGCUGUGCUGCUGGACUGGGUGUCGGUCUCGUACCCGAAGAAGCUCGAGCUGUCCAUCGACAAGAAGAAGGCGCUGCAGCAGUGCCUGCUCCGGGGCAGGAGUGGCGAGGCCGUGCCGGUGACCUUCCAGUUCACAAAGCACGAGACGGUGCUCGUCAAGGGCGUCUCCGCCGACUGA